AUGCUGCAGCAGGUCCCGCGUCUGGUGCUCGCUGCUGCUGCUGCUGGUUGCUGCUGCUGCUGCUGCAGCCGCUGCAGCAGCUGCAGCCAAAUGUUCCCGAGGGUUCUACUGGCUCAUCGCGUGCUGCCAACAGGGACGGGCUGCAGCAGCAGCAGCAGCAGCAGCCUCAGCAGCAACUUCAGCAGCAGCAGGGGGGGUCCCUCUGCUGCAGCAGCAGAAGGGGGGCUAGUAGCUUCGCUUUUCCUUAACUCGAGGAGAAAUUUAAUAGUGCAGUAG